AUGGAUUCAGAGCCUUUCGAGAGAGAAAAGAAUGUGACUUUUCUGGGGAUGAUGUACCAGCUCCUCCCACACCAAUCCGAAAAAGCUUCAUCAUCUUCUUCUUCUUCUUCCUUUGAAGGUCCUCGUUCUACUGAGGGCCUCUCUGCCGCUUUGUCUGAUCAGUCUCGUAUUAUAGUCGCCAGACCUGUUAGAGGAGUGGUGUCCCUGUGGACAUGCUCAAAGUUCUGUGCAAUUGCCUUUGUUGCUGGGAUCAUUGUUGGCUAUACCCUGAAGCGACGCGUUAAACGCUGGGCUAACAAGCUUCUCAAGAGGAUCAAAGACGAUUGA